ACAACACAUCUCAACUUCUCAUCUCAUCUCUUCAGAUAGAUCACAAUGCUACUUAAGAGCUUAACGCUAGUACUUCUUUGCUCAACUUGUCUACUUGCCCAGAGCGAGUCCCAGCGUACCCGCUGCUGGAGCUCAGGCAAUGGUCAAAGCGCACGAUGGUGGGACGAAGGACAAAAAAUAGUUAGAGGCCGAUACUUUUACGAAUGCCGAGCUGGUCAACUUGAACCCCGUGGUUGUGUUAGCGAAUCGAAUCGUCAGCUACCAAUCGGCUCCACGAUCGAAUCCGGCGGUUACGUAGCCCGUUGUGAAUUGGGAUCCGACGGCUAUCUACAGUUCCGAUACGUUGCCUGUGUUGGAGACGAUGGUAGACAUUACAAAGUUGGAGAAUCAUGGACAGAUGCUCAGAACAUCUAUUACUACGAAUGUGUCCCAGACGGUCCUUAUGUGAAAGCAAAGCCUAAGGGAUGCAUUUCGCACAACAAGCAAAAGCGAAUUCCCAUUGGUCAACGUGAUGAUUAUGGAGAUUAUACCUAUGAAUGCCGUCAGAACUUUAACGGAACUAUUCGAAUGUGCAGUGUUGGAUGCAUUCAUAAUGGUCAACAUUACAAAGUUGGAGAACAGUGGCCGGACGGUGAUUUCGUGUACUACUGUAAGAGCAAUGGUGGACGUUGCCGUAAAGUUUGCAUCGGUUGUCAACAUCGUAGCAAACGUCUUUAUGACGGGGACCGUUACUCCGAGGGAGGUUCCGUAUACCAGUGUGAGAUUCGCCCAGACUCUUAUGGACACAAACCAGUAGGAUGCGUAUCAUACGAGCCUGAUGGAUCCAGAAUUGAGCGUAACAUCGGUUGCCGAUGGUAUUUGCAAACGCCUGACUCAAAAAUUGAACAAAUUUGCGAGCUAGAUGGCACUAAAACGGCAAUUCGAACAGUCGGAUGCAUCUAUAGAUACAAUGGAUUUGACACCAUAUUCCUCAACCCUGGACAGUACACAAUCUGGGAUUUACCGCGUGAACGCAAAGCCGUAGGAUUGGCCUGCAAAAAGACCGAUAAUGGCGCCAAAUUAGAGAUUUUCGACAUUUCAAAGCUUGCUCAAAAUACACAAGGAUUGACAUAUAAUACACCACGAGGAAAGUAAUGCGGCGCUGUGAACAAUAGAUGCCGAUACUUGUUUUCUCAUUAUUGUUCUGAUCAUUGUUCUGUUUCUUUGAUCUACUUAACGUGUGUCCUGCUUAUAGGAACAUUAUUUUCUUGUUACGUGUAUAUACAUAUAUAUUAUAUUUUGUUUUGGAAGGAUUGUGAUGACUACAUGCUGCAAUAGCAAUAAAAUUGCAUCCGAAC